AUGCCAUGUCACCAAAGCGUGGGCAACGAGUUUGGUCAGAUGAAAUGGCCAAGACCGUGUCGCAGCAGCGCCGGGCGCGCCUCUCGAAGGGCCAAAGUGGAGGUCGAGGAGAAGCAGGAAAUCCUCAAGAUGUUGAGGGCCUGGAUGCGCUGCCUCGAAGCAUUUCUUCCUCCUCAUCUUCGAGGCCUCCUCGGGUUGCACAAGCCGAAACGGGCGGAGGUUGGCUGGAACCACCAGCCAGGAUUCACCGAAUCGCAACCUUUGCUGGCUGCGUCCUGCUGGCAGUGGUCUUGGUGUUAUUGGAAAGUGGUUCUCAGUUGUCAGUUACCCUGGCCCUGGCCCUUCCCUGUCUGA